UGAUCCGUCAAGAUUUCGACACCGGACCAACAACAUUGCAGAAGUGUCAAGUGGGAUAUCUCGUGCAGGGAAAGCGGCGGUUCUAUGGUGUUGCACCUGCAUUUACGUCCAUCCCAUCAUACUGUUUGAACUUUCAGGUACAGAACAAAACUGUGUAAUGAACACGGUUGGUUUGGCUAUUUUAGUGAGAAUGGGCAACUGCCUCUGUGCUAAGGAAACUAUCAAAGUGAAUGGUCGCAGAUACUAUGUUAGAGAACGUCUAGGAGAAGGGGGAUUUAGCACAGUAGAUCUUAUUGAAGAUGCAGCAUCACAUAAACUUUAUGCACUUAAACGUAUCACAUGUCACUCUCAGGAGGAUCAAAAGGUUGCAUUAACAGAAGUGGAGUAUCACAGGUCACUAAGCCAUUCCAAUAUAGUAGAAUGCAUAGACUCGGACCUUGUAGGAGUUCCAGACCUCAUGGGAAAUCGCACCUCACAAGUCCUUAUUGUAUUACCAUAUUGUCAGAGAGGAACAUUACACGAUGAACUGAUGCGCAGACAGAAAACAGGAACUCAUCUAGAUGAGGUGGUGGUGUUGACUCUGUUCCGAGGGAUUUGUGAAGCUGUGCAGUGCAUGCAUAGUGCCAAGCCACAUCCACUGGCACAUCGGGACAUCAAAACGGCUAAUGUUCUCAUAAAAGAUGACUUAACGCCACUCCUCAUGGAUCUGGGGUCUGUGGCUCGUGCAAGGGUUGAGAUAAAUGGCAGCUCAGAAGCCCGAAAGUUGCAGGAUGAAGCUGCAGAGAGAAGCUCUAUGCCUUACAGGGCUCCAGAACUCUUCAAUGUAGAAUCAUUUUGUCACAUUGAUGAGCGAACAGAUGUGUGGUCACUGGGUUGUUUGCUGUACGCACUCUGCUUCUACAGAUCUCCAUUUGAAGCUGUUUAUGAAAGAGGGGACAGUGUAGCCUUAGCAGUAGCAAGUGGAAUUACCAAAUAUCCUGAAAAUCAUUCAUACUCUGAAGAUCUCAUUGAACUUAUCAAGAGCAUAGUAAAAGUGGAUCCCAAUGAACGGCCAUAUCUCGACUCUAUCAUUGGCCAACUGGAUCAGCUUCUCAACAAGUCUUCAGGGGCAGUUUAGUCAGCAGCUGUUCCUUUUGCAAUAACAUCAGAUGGAGAUGCAGAGUUAUGCAGUGCUGAUGUCAAAUAUGUGGAUUUUAAUCAUUUUGAGCUUUAUCAUCUAUAGCAACUUGUUUAUGCAAUUGAAGGAUAGUGAAUCAUAGUUGUGUAUUUAGUUGUAGUCUACAACACAUUCUUUGCUUUAUGAUUGUGUUUUUGAAUAUCCUAGACUGACUAUUGAUUUCUUAAAUGAAAAGUUAGUUACAGAAGUUUUAUGAAACAACUUUAUUAUGUGUAAAGUGAAUUCUUAUAUCUAAUAAAGUAAAAUGGCAGUUGUGCAUCAUGCUAUUUGAGAAAAUCAACAUAUAUUUCUAAUGAAUUGUGUCUUCUGCUAUGCAUUCCAAAUAUAAGAAUAAGCCUACUUUUAAGAAAAUAGGGUAAAGCAUUUGUUAAUGAAAUGAAAAGUGUAAUGUAAUAGAUUUCUCUAAAACUGUAGAUUGAAACCUAAAAUUUCUUGUUUUUGUAUAAUAACAGGCUUUUGUGCUUAAAUAUUUUUAUAUGCAUUGAAGUGUGGAGGAGUUACCAUGUUUGAUCCUUGUAAGUGUCUUGUCCAAGGUUGUUUAAGUUAUCAACAUGUAUUAGACAAUAGCAAGAGGUCUCAGGUACUUAUAAAGUAAUUUUAUUUAGUCGUAUUUGUAUUUAUGUUAAAUGAGAGAAUUAGGAAUAUUAUUGCAACUACAUCUAUGUAUCUAUUCCUAAAAGUUAUUGUUUUCUUAAUUGCUCAUAAUGCAUUUUCCGUAUUUAUGUGUUUAUAUGUUGUCAAAAAUGAUUAUAUAUGGACAGAAUUAAUGUAACCAGAUUUACUUAUUAAGUUUCAUAACUCCUUUAUGAAUAUUAGGAUUUUCUGUUAAUUCCUUGGGUAAAGAGGCUCUAACUGUUUGUAUAUAGAAUGUGUUAAUUAGGAAAAGAAUACAUUUAAUUAUUGUCUGAAAUAUAUACUAGUCAAUGGAUGUAAAAGGGAUGAAAGAAAUACUAUGCACUUGUAACUUUCAUAAGAUAUAAGUAAAAGACAGGUUACAGAAUUGUCGUAAAACCAACUUUCAUUAUUUAACGAUGACGAUAAUGAUAAUCACACUGGGAAAUAAAGUUGUUUCAAGUGAAAAAAAAAACACUGACAUGCAUAACCAGCAUCAUUUAGUCCACAUGAAAUCUUUUGUAAUUAUAUUGCUGUUAUUCAGCAAGCACUGAUAUAUGACAGUGAAAUUUCCUUCAUUUCAUUCCAUUUAAAUUCAGCCCAUAUUUCAGUAAUUUUUCAAUUAAUUUGUGAGUGUCUCACUGUAAGUCAAUUUAGUUGUCUUUUUUAGUAACUGAGUAUCAGUUAGUUGUGAAAAUCAAACUUUGGUGGUGGUCUUCUAAUGAAUUUAAAUAAGCCAUUUAGCAUAAGCUAAAUGACUUAAAGCAAUCAAUAAAUUCUAGGCUUUACAUUAUAAUGCAGUUCUGGGAUCAUUUUUGAGAAAUAAAUAAAUACUCUGUAUGCAAUCUACAUAUUUUGAACUAAUCAUUGCAAAUAUUGAUACACAGAAAAAUAGUUUGACAUUUGAACUUACUGCUGGUGGAUGGCAUCUAUACUUGCCAUGCUGAGGAUGGCCUGAAUUUAUGAUGGCUCCCAUGCAUACCAUGACAGUAGAGGUUGCUGUGUGCUGUGUGCUUUAUAGGUAUGGAGUUCUAUGCACUCCAAUGGCAAAAGUUCUUGAGCUAUAAUUAAAAUUAUAAUUUUUUUAUUAUUUAGAUUUAAAAAUAAUAAUGUAAUGGUGAAAAUAGUCAAUAUCAAACUACAGGUUUGGGUCAAAUUUCUUCAAAUGAAUUUCAUUUGACCAGAUCUUACCAAUAUACCCAAGCCUUAUUUUUCUGAUCUUAUCUGCUAGGCAUGUGAGUACAUCUUUAAUUGAGUGAAAAUCUGUUUUACUGAUUACAUGGCCAGUAAAACAGCUAUUGUCUCUCACUCAUUGAUUUGAUAAAUAUUAAAAUAAUUUAUAAUGAUAUAUGCUGGUCAGCUGAUUGCUGUGUAUAUCUUACAAUAUGCAACAAUAAAAAAAGGUUGUGAGUGGUUGU